AUGUCCCCAUUUGAGGCUUUGUACGAAUAUCCCCCUCCAAAACUAACUACCUACAUGCCAAGGACAACCACCAUCGAUGCAAUGGACCAACAACUCAGAACCAGGGAACUGAUCAUUACACUACUCAAGGCUAAUCUAGAGUUUGCACAGCAAAGGAUGAAACUUUAUGCAGAUAAAAAGAGGAUGAAACCAUCGAUGCAGUGGGUUUACCUUCGUUUACAGCCCUAUAGGCAGAAAUCUGUUCUAGUCUGCCACAACUUGAAGUUGUCACCGAGGUUCUAUGGGCCCUCUAGGGUGGUCCAACGCUUGGGUAAGGUGGCUUAUCGCCUUGAUUUACAAGCCGACGCCCGUAUUCAUCCAGUGUUCCAUGUUUCAUAUCUCAAGAGGAAACUUGGAACCCAGAUCAGUGCACUACCGUCUUUGCCACCGGUCAACACCCAGGGAGAAAUACAGCCUGAACCCAAAGUCAUCUUGGACCGCCAUGUGAUGAAGUUGGGCCACCGAGCCAUCACGGAGUUGUUAGCUGUCUACGUGUCACUCUUGUAUUGGGGUGAGUUAUUAUUCUGCAUUGGCAUAAGGGACGGAUGGAAAGAAGGGAGAAUGAUUGUGGAACCUUGUGUAAAUUAA